CUAUUGUCUGCUCUAGCAUCCAUCCAGAUCAGGCAUCAUGUCACAGCUUUUCUUCUGUAGGUCCCAGUUCCCAGGAGACCCGGUCCUCCUCACACCACCACAACGGAUGGACGCCGGCGAGGGAUACCGGUGGGAGGGAGUGACAAGUUUGAUUGAUGACCACCGAAAUGGAGAGGAGAGAGAUGGACAGAAUCCUUUUAUCAGGCCUUGGUAAAGCUGAGUCCAGCCGCCAGGCCAGAAUUCACCAUCGGAGGACCAUUGUCACUGGAGGAGGUUGACGUUGGGGACUGAGGCUUUUCAGGCUAUUCAGGCCUGGGAGUUUUAGCAGUGAGGGAAAUCUCAGAGCAUCCUUUAGCAUCGUCCACCAGCAUUUUGGCUUUCUUUGACUUGGGGCCUUUUCUAAAGGGCUGUCCUAAAGUAGCGUGCAGGCCUUUGGCUUUUUCUUGUGCUGUUUUUUUCUUCAUACGUGGCAUUAGUAACAGCCCGUCAAGAAAAUGCCACGUUCCUUUUUGGUGAAGCAACUGAAGGUCCACGAUUUCUCCUCCUCCAAUCAUCAUCAUCAGCAUCAGUAUCACAACGACGGAUCGUACCCACUCACACGUGCCAUCACCGAGUCCGCCACCAACUUCGCCACCAACUUGGCGGUCCGUUUGAGUGAAAAUGGCUACAUCCAGGAUUAUGUCAUCCCCUCAAUAUGCCAGAGCACAAAGGAGCUGGGGACCGGGCUCUCUGUGGGGCCCCUGUACUCCCCGGGGAGCACGGGGGGCAGCGGGGGGGAGGACUACUCCGACCAUGACAUGGAGCAGCCCGACAGCCCCCACUCGAGUGUCACCACCGAGUCGGAUAGCAGCAUCUACUACCCGGUAGACGCCUUCCUCAUCUCCGACGGCCGCUCUCGGAAAAGGGCCAACCACAGGCACCAACACAAGGAAGGUGAGGAGAGAGAUAGCAGUACAGAAGCAGGCUCCACAGGGGCCAAAGCUGCCAAAGGGAAUUCUGGGAAAUCCAAGGGACCGGGCCGCCACACGUGUGGCGAAUGUGGCAAGACCUACGCCACCUCGUCCAACCUGAGCCGCCACAAGCAGACGCACCGCAGCCUGGACGGCCAGCAGGCCAGGAAGUGCCCCACUUGCCACAAGGCCUAUGUGUCCAUGCCGGCACUGGCCAUGCACAUGCUCACCCACGACCUGCAGCACGACUGCAGUGUGUGCGGCAAGGCGUUCAGCCGACCGUGGCUGCUGCAGGGUCACAUGCGCUCGCACACGGGUGAAAAGCCAUUUGCUUGCGCCCACUGCGGCAAAGCAUUUGCGGACCGCUCCAACCUGCGUGCCCACAUGCAGACACACUCAGCCUUCAAGCACUACGAGUGCAAGCGCUGCGGCAAGAGCUUUGUGCUCAAGUCCUAUCUGAACAAGCAUUAUGAGUCGGCCUGCUUCAAGGGCUCUGGAGACGAAGAGGACUGCUGCUCUGAGGACUGAUUAGGGAUCUGUUUAUUUUCUAUUUCAGUUUAUUUAUCCAGGUCGGUCUCACUGAGAUAACAUCUCCUUUACAAGAUAGACCAGGGUUGUGUUUAUUAGGGCAUAUAACAGAACAUAUUUUAAAACGCUCCGUAACUGAAAAUUAGGGUUUCUUAUUGGACAAAUCCAGGUAGUCCCUCUCCUUGUUUCAGUCCGGUGCCUAAUAAACACAACCAUUUUAGUCAUUUAGCAGACGCUCUUAUCCAGAGCGACUUACAGUUAGUGCAUACAUUAUUAUUUUGUUUUU